AUGGAGCACUGGAAUUCCUCCCUGGGAAGUGGCUUCAUAUUGAUAGGGAUUCUGAAUGACAGUGGGUCCCCUGAACUGCUGUGUGCCACAAUUGCAAUCCUGUACAUGUUUGCCCUGACCAGCAACAUCCUGCUAUUCCUGGUCAUCACAAUGGAUGCUUGGUUCCAUGUGCCCAUGUACCUCCUGCUCGGGCAGCUCUUGCUCCUGGACCUCCUUUUCAUGUCUGUUGUCACUCCCAAGGCCAUCGUGGAUUUUCUGCCUAGUGAAAACACCAUCUCCUUUGGGGACUGUGCCCUUCAGAUGUUCCUGGCACUGACACUUGGUGGUGCGGAGGACCUCUUACUGGCCUUCAUGGCCUAUGACAGGUAUGUGGCCAUUUGCUAUCCUCUGAACUAUAUGGUCCUCAUGAGGCCCAGGGUCUGCUGGCUCAUAGUGGCCACAUCUUGGGUCCUGGCAUCCCUCAGUGCUUUAGAACAUACCUUGUAUACUAUGCACUUCCCUUUCUGUGCAUCCUGGAAUAUCAGGCAUCUGCUCUGGGAGAUCCCACCUCUGCUGAAGUUGGCCUGUGCAGAUACCUCCAGAUAUGAAUUCAUGGUGUAUGUGCUGGGUGUGAUCUUCCUGAUGCCCCCUCUUGUUGCUAUCCUUGCUUCCUACACAUUAAUUCUAUUUACUGUGCUCCAUAUACCCUCAAAUGAGGGGAGGCAGAAAGCCCUUGUCACCUGCUCUUCCCACCUGACUGUGGUUGGGAUGUUCUAUGGAGCUUCCACAUUCAUGUAUGUCCUGCCCAGUUCCCUCCACAGCCCCAGGCAGGACAUCAUCUCUGUUUUCUACAUGAUAGUCACCCCAGCCCCAAGCCCUUCACCUACAGCCUCAGGAAUAAGCAGGUCAUGGGGGCCUUGA